UUGUUUUCGAAGGUGACGUGUGCUGUGUAGUGUCUCGUACAGAAUUUUGCUCGUAAUAAGUUUUGCUGUGCCCUAACAGCACCUUGUACAAAUAAUCAUGUGGAAAUACGGAAGUAUAAUUCUUGUUUUUCUAUGCAUCCUCGAAUAUGGCACGGGACUUUAUUUUCAUAUCGCUGAAGGAGAGAGAAAGUGUUUCAUCGAAGAGAUUCCAGAUGAAACUACAGUUUUAGUAAAUUACAAGGUCGAAUUGUUUGAUCCGAGAACCGGCGGAUUCAUGCCGAGCAGUCCGGGUGUGGGAAUGCACGUGCAAGUUCGGGAUCCAGAUGACAAAAUGAUCCUGUCCAUGGUGUACAGUUCAGAGGGACGAUUUUCUUUCACUUCUCACACGCCUGGUGAACAUAUUAUUUGCUUGUAUUCUAACAGCAGUUCUUGGUUCAGUGGCACACAACUGCGAGUUCAUUUGGACAUCCAAGUGGGGGAACACGCCAUUGAUUAUGGCAAUAUGGUCCAAAAGGAAAACUUCUCAAAAUUGCAAUUGAGAAUACGCCAACUUAUCGAUCAAGUAGAACAGAUAACCAAGGAACAAAAUUAUCAAAGGUAUCGGGAGGAACGAUUUAGGCAAACGUCCGAAAGUACGCAUCGUCGUGUAUUUUGGUGGUCUCUCACGCAAUCUGUGGUCUUGUUAGUCAUGGGGGCAUGGCAAAUGAGACACUUAAAGAGUUUCUUUGAAGCAAAAAAAUUAGUAUAAAAAUAAAAUCAGUUAUUUCUA